AUGUUACGACCAUUUUUACUAUUCGUAUAUAUCGCUAAAAUUUUUGUUUUGAUACAAAAAAUUGAAGGAACAACUGAAUAUGACACAUAUUUUCAUGUAUUUUCAAAACAAAAUAUCAACAAGCCAAUAACAAUAUUAUGGGCAGAUACUACGAAAUGGUUAAAAGAAAGAUCUUUUCAGAAUUGUUCAAUUAAAUUAAUUGCUCAUGGGUAUGCUGAACGAUGGAAUAUGGAUUGGAGAUGGGAUUGGGUUAGUGAAAUGAAGAAUGAAAUAAUAAAUAAUAAAAUGAACGAGAAUCUUUGCGUUAUUGCAAUUGAUUGGGAACAAGGAGCACGAGAAGUCAAUUUCAUUACAGCUGUAAGUAAUGCUGACAUAGCUGGACAACAUCUAGCCGAAUUUAUACAAAACAAUCUUAUCGACCCUAAACGUUUGCAUUGUAUAGGAUUUAGUCUUGGUGCUCACCUUUGUGCAUUUGCUUCAAAUAAUUACUACACUAUAUCAAACAAAAAAUUAAGGUUUGCACGUAUAUCUGGUCUCGAUCCUUCUGGACCCUUAUUACGUAAAGCUUCUAUUGAUAAACGUUUAUCAUCGGAUGAUGCCGAUUUCGUUGAUUGUAUUCAUACAUCAACAACGUUUGGUUUACAAGAAAAAAGUGGACACAUGGAUUUUUUUCCCGAUGGCGGGAAAAGUAGUGCAGAAGGAUGUGAAAAAUUUAUCAACAUUAAAGACAACGACGAAACUGAAAAACGUUUUCGUAUUAAACGUUUUCUUUAUAGUAGGAAUCGAAAAGAAAACGAUACUAGUGAAGAUAUGCCAAAGAAAAGUAUCCUUGGAAAAAUUCGCGAUCGAUUAGGAGCACUAAAUCCAUUAAAAAAAGUUUUUCUUAAUAUUCAUGCUUAUAUCGGUUGUAAUCAUCUUCGAUCACCACAUUAUUUCAUAUCAUCAAUUAAUCAAUGUAGUUUUCGAGCAAAACUCUGCUCAUCAUGGACAGAUUAUCUAUCGAAGAAAUGUAAAGAUCCAGUUGAUAAUGAUUUAACUUAUCCACGUAUGGGUUUUUAUGCUGAUAAAAGUAAUCCUAUUUAUAAAGUUGGCAGUGGUAGUUUCUAUUUAAAAACAACGCCUGACAAACCCUACUGUACACUUUCAUUAUCAUCUCGUUCUGAAAAAGAAUCUAAAAAACAAACAUCCUUAAAAUCGAAAUUAAAGAAAAAACUAAGUAAAGUUCUCCCGAAAAAAAUUGGCUAA